AUGCUUGGAGAUUCAGGCAGCGGCAGAGACGGCGGUGCAGCCACUGUUAAGGGUAAUGAAAGUGGUGGUGAAGUUGUGCUUGGCAGCGGUGGUUUUGGGGAUGAAGAUAAGUUGGGAAUUGAAGAAGUUGAGAGGAGUGGUGGCGGCGGAAACCGGUGGCCGAGGCAAGAAACACUGGCCCUUUUGAAAAUUCGAUCUGAUAUGGACGUUGCUUUUAGGGACUCGAGUCUCAAGGGUCCAUUAUGGGAAGAAGUGUCAAGGAAAAUGGCGGAGCUUGGUUAUCAAAGAAACCCCAAGAAAUGCAAAGAGAAAUUCGAGAAUGUGUACAAGUACCACAAAAGAACUAAAGAAGGUCGAUCUUCAAAAUCAGAUGGCAAAACUUAUAGGUUUUUUGAUCAAUUACAAGCUCUUGAACAUAAUCCUCCACCGCUGCUAGCUCCUCCGUCUCAGGUGGCGGUGGUGCCACCGCCCCUCGUUACUAUAAAUCCACCAGUUGCAGCCCGGGUUAGCCCUGAAAGCACUGUCCCACAAGGUACUAAUACUCCAAUGAAUUUUUCAUUCCAAAAUUCACAGCCACCUUUGCAGCCCCCAACAAUUAACAACACAAAUCCUCCUCAAGCUCAUACUUUUCCACCUUCUCGUCCGAAAAUAUCCACUAACCAUCUAUCGAUUUCGACCUCUUCCUCGACUUCGUCUGACGAGGAUAUUCAGAGGCAGCACAGGAAGAAGCGGAAAUGGAUGGACUAUUUCGAGAGACUAAUGAGGGAUGUAAUUGAGAAGCAGGAAGAAAUGCAAAAGAAAUUCUUAGAAACGCUCGAAAAAUGGGAAAGGGAUCGAAUCGCUAGAGAGGAAGCUUGGAGAGUUCAAGAAAUGACGAAAAUGAACAAGGAGCAUGAACUUUUAGUCCAAGAAAGAUCAAUUGCUGCAGCUAAAGAUUCAGCAGUUAUUGCAUUCUUGCAAAAGAUAACUACUGGGCAACAAAACUUGCAAAUUCCAACGAUACAAGUGCCCCACAAUCCAUCUCCACCGGUGGCGACACCACAACAAUCACCAGCUCCACCAGCACCUCCACCAGUUCCAGUAACAGCAGAACCAACGCCAGUAAGAAUUGACACUCCUAAAACCGAUAAUGGUGGUGAAAACUUCAUUCUUUCUAUCUCUUCCCGGUGGCCUAAAGCUGAAGUGGAAGCUCUUAUCAAGCUCCGAACUGAACUUGAUCUCAAGUACCAAGAAAACGGGCCGAAGGGGCCGAUGUGGGCGGAGAUAUCAUCCGCGAUGGCUAAAAUUGGCUACAACCGGAGCGCAAAGAGGUGCAAAGAGAAAUGGGAGAACAUCAAUAAGUACUUCAAGAAAGUGAAAGAGAGCAACAAAAAAAGACCUGAAGCUUCAAAGACAUGCCCAUAUUUCGAACAGCUCGAUGCAAUAUACAAAGAGAAAGCCAAGAACGAAUCUUCAUCGAUCAAUCCUGAGUAUAAUAUACAAAAGCCUGAGAAUCCAAUGGUGCCAUAUAUGGCGGUUCCUGAGCAGCAAUGGCCACUUCCUCUACAUGCGGAUCACCGGCAAGAAUCAGCGCUAGAUGAUUAUGAUGACCAUGAUGGCGAUGGCGAUGGCAAUGGCGAUGGCGACGGCGACGAUGAUGAAGAUGAAGGAGGUGGGUAUGAAAUUGUUACAAAGCAGCCAUCUUGA